AUGGCCGCGACCCUCUCGGCCACAUUCCAGGACCAACCCCUCUCAUCGCACCCGAGCCACUGGGACUCGCUCUGGCGCUCGCGCACCACCCCCUGGGACCGCGGCGGGUCCAGCGUCGCCCUGCAGGACGCCAUCGCCGAGCACCCGGCGCUCUUCGACCGACCGCCAGCAGCAGCAGCAGCAGCAGCAGCAUCCGAUCCUCCCCGACCGCCUCGGAGGAAACGCGCGCUCGUCCCGGGCUGCGGCCGCGGCUACGACGUCCUGCUCCUCGCCUCGCUCGGCUACGACGCCUACGGGCUGGAUUCCUCGGGGGCGGCGAUCGCGGCGGCGAAGCGACACGCCGCGGAGAACCCCCUCCCGUCCUCUCCUCCCUCUUCUUCCGCCGAGGAAGGGACCACCCCCGGGGCGGCCGAAUUCCUCGAGGGGGAUUUCUGGUCGGACGCAUGGCUCGCGCGAACCGCCACGAGCCUCCCUCCGUCAUCGAAGGAAGAAGGACAGGUCCCCCAGCACUUCGAUCUCAUCUUCGACUACACCUUCCUCUGCGCGCUGCCGCCCUCGGCGCGGGGGGCCUGGGCCGCGCGGAUGAAAUCGCUGCUCCUCCCGCGGGGCGGGAGACUGGUCUGUUUGGAGUUCCCCCUGCAUAAGCCCGCGGGCGCGGGCGGGCCGCCGUUCGGAUUGAGCGAGGAGAUCUACGUCGGGCUGUUGACGGGGACGGAGACGGACGGGGCUGGAGAGGGGGCAGGGCCGGAGUUGACGAGGUUGGGGAGGUGGCGGCCGCGUCGCUCGCAUGAGGGCCAGCAGGGGAAGGACUAUAUCAGUGUUUGGGGCUACGCGUGA